UUGGGAGCAGCACCGUAAAGAACCAUGCGUGGAUUGAUAUGCUAGUUACUGGCAGUCACCUCAUGACAGUCGUAAAAGAAGGAUCGGUAUAGUAGAUAGUCUUCUUCGAUCAGUAUUAGUCAAACGGUAGUGAAUUUCGCGUGUUGUUUAAAAAACAAAGAUAAACAAUGGAUGAUUCAUGGCAAAAUGCUAAAGAAAUAGAAAUCCCAGACGACGCUCUAAGAUUAGCAUUAGAGAAUAAUGAGUCAAUGAAAGACAAGCUGUAUGUAGCAGCAAAAAGAUCACCCUUUCUUGUAGCAGGUAUGUUAGGUUUUACUAUCAUAGCUGGAGUAGGUGUCUACAAAUGGAAAACAAAAACAAUCAAACCUUCAAUAUUCCUUAUACAACUCAGAGUUGCAGCUCAGGGUACAGUAAUAGGAUGUUUAACCAUGGGAAUGCUAUAUCAAAUGUACACAGACUUAACAAAACCAAAAAAAAAUAAAUAAUGAUAUUCGUCACUAUUUUAGUGUUUAAUUAUAUAGCAAUGGUAUAAAAAAAAAUGAGAAGUAGGAAAUUUCAAUUUUUAAAAUACAAAUUCAAAAAUAUUAACUUAAACAUGUAAUUAUGGAUUUAUGGUACAAACCAUUUCUGGCAUUAUACUUCUAAAAAAUUGUGAACUUAUCUAAUUUCAAAUUCUAUGAUAGAGGAGCACAAUAAAUAUUUAAUUUUAUGUAUUAUUCUUUAAAAUAUAUAUUUUACUAAAAA